AUGGCAACCUUCCGUCAUACAACACCUCCUCCCACAUCCCGCAUCCACACUCCCUCAACACCUCUUUUUGGUACCUUCGACGACGACUAUCAACCAUACUCGCCCAGGAAGUCUUCCCGAAUUUCGCAGCGCUCUCGCGCCGCGCAGACACCGCCUCCACAAUCAGCUAGUCGCAAUCUUCGCACGAACCCUUCGUCUUCGGGUUCAUCGUCAACAUCUCCAUACCUUACCUCCCAACCUCGCUCCCCGCAAACAGCACCGAAGAAAAGAGGGCCGAAGAGCGAUCCCGAAAUUAGUGGACGACGUGUAUCUGGUGCCUUAAAUUACGAAUCUACAGUUUCCGCAGCCGCCGCUCUUGGUCUCCCUACGCCUACUCCUCGAAAAGCCGAAAAGAUGAGACCCGUAGAUGUGCUACGUGCCAAUGGCAUGCUUCCGACUCCAGCAAAGACGCCACAGAAACGCCCAGAGGAAGGACAGACACCCCCCGAGGUUACAGCAAUUGCGCGCAAUUUAUUCUCAGUUCGCCCUGACACCUUGGACGAGGUUAUGCCCUCUCCCAAGAGGAAGGGAAAGAAGCGCUACACCGGAUUUACAUUAGACAGCUUUGAGGCCGAAAACGAUCAGACGCCUAUUGCGAUAUAUACCGAUUCCAAUGAGCGCAUUCCCGAGGCUGAUAUGAGUAUGGACAACCCUUUCUAUGGUGAAGGCGCCGAGCAUGAAUAUGCAGAGCAUGAGCCAAGCAAGCGCUCCAUGAAGAGGAGAAAGAUCAUGGUGCCAGGAGAAGGAGAGCAGGAUUUGGAGGAUGUCGAGCAAAGAAAGGAUGGGGUUAUCUGUGUCUUUCGUGGACGAAAAGUCUUUAGAAAGUUUAGCGAUGCGCAAAGCCUUGACCAUAGAGAUACUGGUUCCAUGGCUGACGGAAGUUUUGGGGAAGCUCCAGCCGCAGAAGCAUCUGCAUCAGGUGCCAGUCGUCUUCUAUUCCCAUCCGACCGCCAACUUCGAUCUAAGGAUCUUAGAAGCCAGGCUGUCGAGGAUGAGGAAGCCGAUACCGACAUUGACGAAUCUUCCAUGCUUUCUACUCCCCGUACCCGACCUGGCAGAAAGACUAGAUCUAUCACUAACAAGUCGACGCCCCAAUACAGCGAAGAAAUCUCUACCCCUAUGGCCCCUAGAUUCGCUCCCGCCGUUCCGAUCUCACCACCGUCUACAUCCAGAGCUACACGAUCAAGGAAGAUUGACAUGAGCAGCUCUCCAGCUGGCCCGGAUAGCGACGAUGCACUCAGUCCCUUCGACUCCUGGUCGAGGGUCAAGAACCCCAAGAAGCGUGUCGCAGAUACACCGCCCUCCAAACCCUCAUCACAUUCCGACAAGAGACUCAAAUUUUAA